CAUUCUUCAACUUUAGCUAUGGUGUAUUUCUGCACAAGACAAUCCUAUGUUGAGUUGAGGAACCAAACCAAGUCAACCUAUCUUGUCUGCACCGUUUCACCAACAAAGAACAAAACAACAUUACAUAGUACCUUGUCUUUCAACUUUGCUUAAACAUGAAAAAGAAACAAUCUCUGCGUAACAAAGCCACCAACUUUGUCUCUGUCCUUCUCAACCCCAUCUCUGAUCCUCCUGAUUCUCACAAACACCCUCCACCUUCUUCACAGGAAGAUGUUGGUGAAUUAAAAAAAAGUGAUGAAGAGGGUAAUAAUCAUGAUGUAGUUGAUGGGCCUGAUACUUCAUCAUUCACUGCAUUUCUCUAUUCUUUAUGGUCUUCUUCAGACUCUAAAGAGAAUGCUAACUCAAAUGGAAAAAAUGAUGAUAAAGGUGGACUUGAUAAUGAUAAUAGUAGUAGUAGUAAUAGUUCUUUACCUGAUUCAUCCAUUAAGGAAAAUGGUGGGAGGAAAAGUUUGUUUUCUAGAAGUAAGCAAUCAGUUGGUGGAGCUAUUCGGCGAGUUGUGAGGAUUGGUCGAUUUCACCAUCAGGGUCGGAAGGAUAAUAGUAAUAAUGUUGUUGAAAUGAAACUUCAAGAUAAGAGGAAAGAAUCAGUGCCUGUGAAAGAAAAAUCGUCGUCUGUGGCUUUGGAUGAUAUGCCAGGAAUUUCUGAACCUUCGGUUCUUGUUUCAAAGAGCAUAAGGAAUGUUCUCUAUGCUUCUCUUCCGCCUCUAAUGCAUGGAAGAAAAUGGCUGUUGCUAUACAGCACUUGGAGGAAUGGUAUAUCACUUUCAACUCUUUACCGGAGAAGCAUGUUAUGGCCUGGAUUGAGUUUGCUGGUUGUUGGAGAUAAAAAAGGAGCAGUAUUUGGCAGCUUGGUUGAAACACCUCUCAAACCAUCCAGCAAGAGAAAAUACCAGGGAACUAACAGUACAUAUGUUUUCUCAAAUAUCUCUGGUCGUCCUAUCAUAUAUCAUCCAACAGGGGUAAACCGUUAUUUCACACUUUGCAACACUGACUACAUAGCAAUUGGUGGGGGAGGUCAUUUUGCGCUUUAUUUGGACGGUGAUCUAUUGAAUGGCUCAAGUUCGGUAUCAGAAACUUUCGGGAAUCCCUGCCUUGCAAAUUCUCAGGACUUUGAAGUGAAGGAAGUAGAGUUAUGGGGCUUUGUACACACUUCAAGUUAUGAUGAAGUGCUUGCGUUGAGCAGAACUGAGGCGCCAGGGAUCAGUCGAUGGUGAACAUCUCUAAUGGCCUGCAGUCACCAUAUCAUGGAACGGUCACUUUCCUGUGAACAAUGCAAUGAUAAUGGAGAAAUUUUCAUAUAUCCAAUUGUUGUUUUUUAACUAACAAACAUAUAUGUGUCUAGUUACACACAAAAAAAAAAAAAAAACAUUUCUGUAAAUAUUUA